GUUCAAAUGGAAUAAAGUCCGGGCCUGCCGUUCUAUUACUUUCAAGUUUUUUAAUAGCCAGAAUCACCUCCUUUAAGGAGGGUGAGGGAUUGUCCGCAUAUGGAAGGGUAGCAGAUCCAUCAGAACUACCUGGUGGGUCAAAAGUAUCAUCUCUUGCUAGUAUUAGUAUUUGCUUCCUACAAAUUUUUUUUAUAAAAUUGUUUCAAUGAAGAGUAGUUCCUUUUCUUUUCUUCACCUCUUCUCGGCUUAUUCCAUCAAAAUUCCGAAAACAUUAUGUACUACUCUAGUGCGAUGUAAAUAAAGAAAACAAAACACGGGCUUAUAUACUAGCAUACUUGAAUGGCAAUUAUUUCAUGCCAUGUGUUUAUGUUUGGUUUCCGGUACGCGUGUUUGAACUAUCCGAAAAUUUCAAGGAGUAUAGCAUAAGCCAAUUAAUUUUUCUUCAAUUCAUCCGACAUGAUUGAAGAAUGCAGCGACAAUUUAUUGUUCAAUUUAAGUUCUGAAUCAGUGAAAAAUCGGGCCCAGAAGAUUUCUGAAGAACAGAAUAAAAAUGACAAAAGCCAUCUGCUGUCUUCAUUGCCUUCUUCAGCUGAAAAGAAAGCUCAGAAGAGAAAAAUGACACAGUAUGCCGCUGGAAAAGGGCCUAAGAAUUACCAUGCUCAUAAAUCAAAAGAACAUGCACCUCCAUCGUCAUCUCUUUUUACUGGUUCUGGUAUGACCCUGCCUUUAAUUGUAAAAAAGCAGAAGACCAUUUCAGAGCCAUUGUUUUCUGCAAAAACAUUCGAAUUCUUUGACCUUCAUCCACAUUUGGUAGCUUGCUUAAAAAGUAGACUAGAAGCUGAAAAAGCAACAAAAGUUCAGGAACAAACAAUACCUUUACUGUUGGAUGGUCAUGAUGCUCUUGUCAAAUCUUGCACAGGAUCAGGUAAAACUUUAGCAUAUGCCAUACCAAUAGUACAAAAGCUUCAAAGUAUGCAGCCUAAAAUCAAACGAUCUGAUGGUGUCUAUGCUUUAAUCAUUGUUCCAACUCGUGAGUUAGCAUUGCAGUGUUUUGAAAUAUUCUCUAAGCUCACUAAGUCAUUUACAUGGAUUGUUCCUGGAUAUUUAAUUGGGGGUGAAAAGAAAAAGUCUGAGAAAGCUCGUUUGAGGAAAGGUGUCAAUAUACUAAUUUGCACUCCUGGUCGCUUACUGGAUCACCUGGACCACACAGCUUGUUUAACAUUGGAAAAAAUUUUAUUUCUUGUCAUAGAUGAAGCUGAUAAAUUAUCUGAACAAGGCUUUGAAGAUUCAGUUGCAAAAAUUGUAUCAAAGUGCUGUAAAACUCGUCAGUCUGUUCUUUUGUCUGCUACUUUAUCCAAAGGGGUUGAACAGAUGGCUGGAAUGAGCCUUUCACAACCAGUUCAUGUUGGCGCUCUAACUUCACUCGAGGAAGAUUCUGAUGAAUCUCAUGAACUAGCAGUUCCUAAACAUUUGAAGCAGUUUUUAGCGGUGGUCCCAGCGAAAUUGCGUUUAGUCUCUCUCUCUGGUUUUAUUAUUAACAACUGCUUGAAAUUUGGUUUUAAAGGUCUCAUUUUCAUGUGUUCCCAGAACUCUGUGGAUUUCCACUAUUCCCUCUUUAGAGGUGUUCUGGCUCCUGUUCUUGAGCACAAACAACACAAGUGUAAGUUUUACAGACUUCAUGGAAAUAUGAAACAAGAGGAAAGAACAGAAAUUUUCACUGCAUUCAGGUCAAAUAAAGAAGGAAUUUUACUGUGCACUGAUGUUGCUGCUCGUGGUUUGGAUUUACCAUCUGUAGAUUGGAUUGUCCAAUAUUCUGCACCAUCUUCUGCUGAGAUCUAUGUCCACCGCAUUGGAAGAACAGCACGUAUUGGAAAGAAAGGAAAUUCUCUCAUGUUUUUGCUUCCAUCAGAGAGCAAAUUUUCAAAUUUAUUGGCAGAUUAUAAAAUUAAUUUUGAGCAGAUCCCAUAUGAUCAAUUUUUGCAAUCUUUGCAUCUCAUUGCUGAUGUACUUGAUGUGAAAGGAAAGUGCACCAUGGAAGAUUGUGCUACUGCUUUGCAAACUUUGUAUGAAAAGGAAGUUUAUGAAGAAAAUGAAUUACAUCAAAAUGCAAAGGAUGCAUUUAGUAGUUAUGUGCAAUCCUAUGCCUCAUAUCCAAAAAAUAUCCGGCACAUUUUACCUUUCAAAUCUCUUCAUCUGGGUCACAUUGCUAAAAGUUUUUGCCUGAGUGAAGCCCCCUCUUCUCUAAAUGCAGCUCUACCUAAUCAGAAAUAUUCAAGACCAAAUUUCAAGAAGAAACCUGAUUGCAAACCAGUGAAACGCAAAUUCCAAACUAUUUCAGAAUAUGACAGUGGUCUGUCAUCCCUUGGUUCCGAUUUUGGAGGGAAAAACAAAAAAAGAAAGAAGCAUUAAAAUUAAUUUUUAUUUGAAAAUAUAUUUAUUUUUAUUUGUUUGUUUUUAUGAAAAUAAAUGGUUUUUAUCAACA